CAAGCGGCUGGGCCGCUACCUGUUCUCCGCCACAAGAAUUCACUUGAUCACACCGGCCAGGGAGUUCGCCUUUCCUACAACAUACAGCAUGACAGACGGGACCAAGACGCAGUGUUCAUUCCCGCUUUCGUCAAGCGCGAGCUCAAUGGCCUCCUCAUCAAAUACGCCCAAGCUGCUUCACUUCUACACAACGUGACUGGCGUGAUGACACCCAUGGUUGAUGACAGCCAGGGUGGCAUCGAGUCGCAGCUACCUUUAUAUCCUUCCAGCUCGGGUGUGGUGGAACAUCAGACCAUGGAGUUGACCGACUACAGCAGAGACGUCCUGUAUUCUGGUCCUGUGGCUGCCGGGAACCCUCCACAGAGCCUUAGCCUCAUACCAGACACAGGUUCUGCGGACUUAUGGUUUCUAUCUGGAUGCACGGCAUGCCACUCCAAGCAAUUCUUCUCUGCAGCCAGCAUCACAUAUGGCCAAACCAUGUCAGAGUUCUACGUCAGUUAUGGGGAUGGGUACGUUAGCGGCGUCUUAGCACAAGAUACGGUAUCAGUAGCCGCGCUGGCUAUCGAGCACCAGUAUUUUGGCGCGGUGGACCAGAUUGCUUCGUCCUUCUCCAGCUACCCCAGCAGUGGCGUGUUAGGCCUCGGGUUUGGAGCGAUAUCCCAGACAAAGACCAAUACAUUCUUCGAGAACCUGGUUCGCGCGCAGAAAGUCCCUUCUCCAUUAUUCAGCAUUGCACUUGCACCUUCUACCAGUGGAGGACACUCGGAGCUCUGCUUGGGGUGCAUUAACGAAGACAAGUUUACGGGAGAUAUCGCUUGGCUUCCACUUCAAUCAAAGACGUGGUGGACUCUCGGUAUGACGGGCCUGGCAGUUAAUACAGUGGGGGUAGUUCCGGUUGGCCUGGUCGCGGCGAUAGAUUCUGGAACGAGUCAAAUCUAUGUACCGAUGUCAGCUGCGACAGCAUUCUACAAUCAGAUACCCGGUUCUAAGUCAGCACCACAAUAUGGCGAAGGAUUCUGGACGUUUCCAUGCAAUUCAAGGUUGAACCUCACGAUCAGCUUCGAUGCGGUACCCUUUGACAUUGAUCUGUCGGACUUCAACUUGGGAAAGACGACACAAAGUUCAACAGACUGUGUUGGUGGCGUCUUCGGGUUUCCGGAAGAGUUACCAAGUAAUUUUGCGGUGAUCGGAGCCGGGUUUCUCAAAUCUUGGUAUGCCAUCUUUGACUACUCGCAAAAUGGAAGAAUCGGGUUCGCAAAGAGUACCGCUCGAGAUAUCCAGGGCGCGCCCAUUCCAGCCGGGCCCGGACAGUUCAGCUGAAAGCGGGAGGGAUGCAGACGUUGAUCGUAAACACCGAACAUAUCGGGCAUCGCAUUGGCAACAUUAGCAUAAUACACAUGAAUAAAGAGGUAUCAGCAAUCCGCAUAAAUGAACCCGAUAACGUGAAUGCCACUCGUACUGAUACAAACAUUAACCACACCAACUCCAACCUCCGACCUCCAUCCAACAUCAAAGGACCAAAAUCAACACUCGAACCUGAUGAAAGCGUGAAUAUCAUGAAGUAACCUUCUUCCCCAAUUCUUUCCCCUGGCUGAGGACCCGAAGCCAACUCUCUCCCACCUCCUCCCGCAACGCCUCGAUUCUAGCGCGGAACGCCUCUGCAUCCGGGUUCGGCGGCGGACUGGGAGAUGCGAGUAAGGCGGAGCGUGGAUGUGGCCCAAGAUGCGAGUCGACAGAGGACAAGGAGACACGUAAAUGCUGCAUGACACUUUGCUGAUCAUCGUUUGCAGUCGGCCUAACGUUGGUCGGUAUGGCCCCUCCGUCUAGGUCGACGACCCUCUUCACCGGGGGGCGGCGUUUCUUAGGCGUGGGUGCAAGGGUGCUGGGAGAGCCCGGUGUGCG